AUGCACCUUUCAACUCUAUAUCUUCUCGCAACGACCUGUCUGGCCUCGCCUGUCGUGUUGGAUCCUGAGGGCGCGACUGUGACCGUCUCGCUUGAGAUUUCGGAGAAUUUCUUCCAGAUCUUUCAGGCCAGGCUUGCAGCUCUGACAACGGUUGAGCGGAAUGGUCUGUCCGUAGCAAUUUUCGGCACCAACGGCAUAGUGAAUCCCCAGCUUCUCAGAUGUGAGACUUUCGACGCUGAAGGUCUAUCUUUCGGUAAACGAAAUAGCUUUACUAUAUCCUCAAGAUCAGGAAUCUCCUCCAGAGAUGGGACCACAGGGGCCUUUAUCGGCACACUCAUCUGCAACCUCGGCGCAGUUUAG